UCCACCAAACCCCAUUUCCUCUAAAACCACUAUAUAAACUCCUUUUCUUGAUCUCUCUAACACCAUUGUCAGAGCUCUUCAAACCAUUUAUUCUCUCUCUCGCUAGAUUUCAUACUUUCAAGAGUAAGAACCAAAGGUUCAGAGCUUUUAAGCGUUUUUCUGCAAUGGCUUUGUCAAAUGCUUCGACUUUGUCUUCAAGCUCACUCUGCAAUACUCGGUCUCUGUGUCCUACCCCAGAAUCUCACCAACCCUCUUUCUCUAUCCUCCCAAGCAAGAAAACCAAUCGUGGUAGGAGAACAAUCUCCGCCGUUCACGCCGCCGAGCCUUCUAAGAAGGCCGUGGUAUCUUCCAAGUCGACGCCGGUGGCGGCGCCGGCAGCCAGAAAAUGGAGCUUGGAGAGCUGGAAGACCAAGACGGCAUUGCAGCUCCCUGAAUACCCAAACAAGGAAGACCUCGAAGCGGUUCUCAAGACCAUUGAGACUUUCCCUCCGAUUGUUUUCGCCGGUGAGGCCAGGACCCUUGAGGAGAGGCUUGCUGAGGCUGCCAUGGGCAACGCUUUCCUCUUGCAAGGUGGAGAUUGUGCUGAGAGUUUCAAGGAGUUCAGUGGUAACUACAUUAGGGACACCUUCAGAAUUCUUCUUCAGAUGAGUGUUGUUCUCAUGUUCGGUGGACAAAUGCCUGUGAUUAAGGUAGGAAGAAUGGCAGGUCAAUUUGCUAAGCCAAGAUCAGCACCUUUCGAGGAGAAGGAUGGAGUUAAGCUUCCUAGUUACAAGGGAGACAAUAUCAAUGGUGAUGCCUUUAAUGAGAAGUCCAGAAUCCCAGACCCUCAGAGGUUGAUCAGGGCUUAUACUCAAUCUGCUGCAACUCUGAAUCUUCUCCGUGCCUUUGCCACCGGAGGAUAUGCAGCCAUGCAGAGGGUUCCUCACUGGAAUCUGGACUUUGCUGAGAACAGCGAACAGGGAGAUAGGUAUCACGAAUUGGCCAAUCGAGUUGAUGAGGCCUUGGGAUUCAUGAGCGCUGCUGGUCUUACAGUGGACCAUCCUAUCAUGACCCAAACUGAAUUCUGGACUUCCCAUGAGUGUUUGCAUUUGCCUUAUGAGCAAUCACUUACAAGAAAGGAUUCAACUUCUGGAUUUUACUAUGAUUGUUCUGCUCACAUGCUUUGGGUUGGAGAGCGUACUCGGCAACUAGAUGGUGCCCAUAUUGAGUUUCUUAGAGGAGUUGCAAAUCCCCUUGGUAUCAAGGUAAGCAACAAAAUGGAUCCAAAGGAGCUAGUUAACCUCAUUGAAAUCUUGAAUCCGGGGAACAAGGCAGGAAGAAUCACUAUUAUCUGUAGAAUGGGUGCUGAGAAUAUGAGAGUCAAGCUUCCUCAUUUGAUCAGGGCUGUCCGCCAAGCAGGCCAAAUUGUGACUUGGGUGUCUGACCCAAUGCAUGGAAACACCAUAAGUGCACCCUGUGGACUCAAAACACGUCCCUUUGAUUCAAUUCUUGCUGAGGUGCGAGCAUUCUUUGAUGUGCAUGAUCAAGAAGGGAGCCACCCCGGAGGUAUUCAUCUAGAAAUGACUGGCCAGAAUGUAACAGAAUGCAUUGGAGGGUCUCGGACUGUGACAUUCGACGACCUGAAGUCUCGUUACCACACACACUGUGACCCAAGACUGAAUGCAUCCCAAUCUCUUGAGCUGGCCUUUAUCAUUGCAGAAAGACUAAGGAAGAGGAGGAUGGGAAGUCAACGCUUGAUUUCUGGGAGCCUCUAGACAAUUCCCAUAUUCUUUCUGGUUGGCAAUUUUUUAUCUUCUUUUGUUAGAAAUAAAAUUCGGUUAUAGAGCUAUCCACCAAACUUCACUUGCUGCCACCACUCAUUGCCACACCAACCUAGUGAUGGUCCUGAAAGUGUGGGCCUCGGAAAGUCUUGUUGUGGCAGUAUGUUUUCAAAGCUCUGAUAUUUUGGCUUUGAUUGGAAGCAGGACAAAUUUUGGGGGAUCACCCUUUUGUUGAUUUAUGUUACUCAAUUAGUUUGUAUUUGGAUUCAAGUUUGAUUUGAUGUAUUUAUGUAUGAACGUGUCUGAACCAAAAAAUCUAAAUAAAGACAAUUUUAUUACUUAUUA